GGCGGCUGGGGGGGCCUCGGUACCCCCGGGGGGGUCAUCGGGUACUGGGGGAUCCCCGCGCCUUUGGGGGGGGGUUGUUCUGUCCCCAUGGGAUCCCUGCGCCUUUGGGGGGUCCCUGCUGCCCCCGGGGUGUCCCCGCGCCUUUCAGGGGGGUCUUUGCUGUCCCUGGGAGCUUGUGGGGAGUGUCCUUGCCACCCCCAGGACUGUCCCUGCUGCCCCCGGAGGAACGUUGUGCUUUGAGGGGGGUGUAGGGGUGGGCUCCCUCGCCCCCACGGCUGGUUCCUGUUGCCCGAGGAAUCCCUGGGGAAGGGUCUUGGGGAUCCUCUCUGCCCCCUUUUGUUCCCAGGGUGCCACCAGUGCCCUUUCAGUGAAUACUGGAGGGACCUUUCUGUCUCCAGGCCUGUGCUUAUCACCUCUGGUGCCACCAUCUCCUUGGGGGGGACACUGAGGGGACCCCUGCCAUUCCCAGGGCCAUUCCCUGCCAUCUCCAGGGGGUUUACCUGCCUCGGGGGGUUGCUGAGGGUCCUCUCCUGCCCCUGAGGCUCCUUCCCUGGUGCCCCCGUGGUUUCACGGUGCCUUUAGGGGAGCCCCGGUGGUCCCUUCCAGCCCUAGAGUAUGUCCUAUUGCCUUGGUCAUGGGAGGGGAGCUCAGCUGAGGGUCCCUCCUGCCCCCUGAAGGUCCAAACCUCGUUGUCCUUUGGCCUUCCUCACCCAAUCCCUUCCAGGACAAGUCCCCACUGUCCCCAGGGGGGUCUCUGGGGCAGACGUGGCCGGACCCCACACUGCUGGGCUUUAACCUGUCGUUUCCGUCAGCUGCCAGUGAACCUCCAGCCCCGGCACCGCCGCGCAGGGUGAGCGCUCUGGAAGACGCCAUGUCGGAUAAAGGGAGCAGCAUGGAGGGGAAGACGGACAUCGUGAACGGCAGCUUGUCCAGCAGCCCGGAGGAGAUGUCAGCCGAGGAAGGACGAGAAACCUCCUCCGGCAUCGAGGUGGAGGCCUCCGACCUCAGCCUGAGCCUCACGGGGGACGACGUGGGGCCCAACCGCACCAGCACGGAGAGCCGGGACACGGACACGGAGAGCUCGGGGGAAGAGAAGGACUCUGACAGUAUGGACGACACGGGCCACUACUCCAUAAACGAGGAGAACCGGGCCCUCGACCGGUCGCACUCGGAGGAGGAAGAAGAGGAGGAGGAAGAGGAAGAGGAGGAGGAGCAGCGGUCCCACCGCCGCGCCCAGCGCAAACGUGCCAACCACGACCAAGACUCCUUGGACAACGAGCAGGCCCUGGAGGACUGGGUGUCCUCGGAGACCACGGCGCUGCCCCAGCCCCGCUGGCAGGCGGUCCAUGCCCUGCGGGAGCGGGAGCUGGGCUCCAGCGCCCGCUUUGUCUACGAGGCCUGCGGGGCCAGGGUCUUCGUGCAGCGCUUCCGCCUGCAGCACGGCCUGGAGGGACACACGGGCUGCGUCAACACCCUGCACUUUAACCAGCGCGGCACCUGGCUGGCCAGCGGCAGCGACGACCUCAGAGUGGUGGUGUGGGACUGGGUGAGGAGGCAGCCGGUGCUGGAGUUCGAGAGCGGGCACAAGAGCAACGUCUUCCAGGCCAAGUUCCUCCCCAACAGCGGCGACUCCACGCUGGCCAUGUGUGCCCGGGACGGGCAGGUCCGGGUGGCCGAGCUCUCUGCCACCCAGUGCUGCAAGAACACCAAGCGUGUGGCACAGCACAAAGGAGCCUCGCACAAGCUGGCCCUAGAACCGGAUUCUCCAUGCACUUUCCUAUCGGCAGGUGAAGAUGCUGUAGUCUUCACCAUCGACCUGAGACAAGACCGACCCGCCUCGAAACUGGUGGUGACCAAGGAGAAGGAGAAGAAGGUGGGUCUGUACACCAUCUAUGUCAACCCAGCCAACACCUACCAGUUUGCUGUGGGAGGCAGAGAUCAGUUUGUCAGGAUUUACGACCAGCGGAAAAUAGACGAGAACGAGAACAACGGGGUGCUGAAGAAGUUCUGCCCCCACCACUUGGUGAACAGCGAGUCCAAAGCCAACAUCACCUGCCUCGUCUACAGCCACGACGGCUCGGAGCUCUUGGCCAGCUACAACGACGAAGACAUCUAUCUCUUCAACUCCGCACACAGCGACGGCGCCGAGUACAUCAAGAGAUACAAGGGACACCGCAAUAAUGCCACUGUGAAAGGCGUCAAUUUUUAUGGCCCGAAAAGCGAGUUUGUGGUGAGCGGCAGCGACUGCGGCCACAUCUUCCUGUGGGAGAAAUCCUCCUGCCAGAUCGUGCAGUUCAUGGAGGGCGACAAGGGAGGGGUGGUGAGUCCCCGCGCCGUCCCCGGCCCCUGCCACCUGCAACUGCCACCACUUUUCAUGGGGUUUUUUUCUGCCAAAACCCCGACAGGGAACCCGCGGGUGCCCCAGCGUGGGCUGCUCAGGGCCAUUCCUCCCCAGGGGGGCUGGUGGGGGCCAUGGUGCCUCCAGGGUCUUCUGGGGUGUGAAAUCCCACGGGGAUGUCACCGAAGGAGGGCUGGGACCUCAGAGUGGCUUCUGUCCGUGAUGGGGACAGCCCCCUCCCCUUUCCCCUUCGGGGGGGGUCUGUGGGGAGACUGGGGCUCCCCGCUGGCCCUGCAGCUGCGUCCCCAGCCCUCACAUCCAGGAAGGGGACGCAGCUGCACCGGGGACGGUCCCACAUCCCAUUUCCCAGGCUCUGCCCAACGGCAGUCGGGUCCCGUGGCCACUGCUGGGGGGGCAGGGGGGGUCCGUGGCCUGCUUUGGGCUCGGUCUCACGCACCCCCAAGGCCAUCGGUGCCUGUCCCCAACGGGCACGGGGCUGGGGGGGGACGGGGAGCACUGGUGGCACCCCCAGCUCCUGGGACAGGGCAGGCUUUGGGUCAUGGGGAGGGGGAUGCUGGAGUGUGGGGACAUCCCAUGGGACACCCAACAAGGUCUCCCCAUCUCCCUUAA